UCAACCACCGUGAAGAUUCCAGUUAGUUUAGCCAACUCAACACUUACCACCCGGCGACUCCCGGACCCAAACCCGGAUAAGAAGUGGGCCAACAAUUCACUCGGUCAAGACAGACUGCAAAACAUACUGGGGUUGCUUAUCCUACCUAGCGCGAGGUGUGUGUGACACUACCAACUUCAGAGAUUCAGCACUGAAACACUGUGUUUACUGAGACCUGUGGCAAUGGAAUCUCUACCGCCAGCAAAACCACGACAAGCUUGUCAAGUUCAGAAUCAGCAGAUGCCUUGGAGCAGAAUGUUGCUGGGAUCACUGAUUGUCUUCAGUUGUCUGGUAGCUUCUGUGUCCUCUGAUGAGGAUUACUAUAAGUUAUUGAAGGUGUCCAAAGAAGCCACAACCAGAGAGAUACGACAAGCCUUCAAAAAGCUAGCUCUGAUCAUGCACCCGGAUAAAAACCCACAUGAUGAAACUGCCCACGACAAGUUCCUGAAGGUAACCCGAGCCUAUGAAGUUUUGAAGGAUGACGAUCUGAGGAAGAAGUAUGACAAGUAUGGAGAGAAGGGUCUGCAGGACGAGCAGCAGGGAGGAGGACGAUAUGAGAGCUGGAACUACUAUAGAAAUGAAUUUGGUAUCUACGAUGAUGACCUAGAGAUUGUCACUUUAGAUAGGGGAGACUUCGAUGCAGCAGUGAACUCUGGGGAACUCUGGUUUGUCAACUUCUACUUCCCUCGUUGUCAUCACUGUCACGAGCUGGCUCCCACGUGGAGGGAGUUUGCUAAGGAGAUGGAUGGAGUGAUCAGGAUAGGAGCAGUGAACUGCGGAGACAACAACAGACUGUGUCGCAGCAAAGGCAUCAACAGCUACCCCAGCCUCUACAUUUACAAAGCUGGAAUGAAUCCAGAGAAAUACUUUGGAGAUAGGGCCAAGGAGAGUUUGACUAAGUUUGGCAUGCAGUUUGUGAAGAGCAGAGUUACAGAGCUGUGGCAAGGCAAUGUCUUCACCGAGAUUGAGGCAGCAUUUUCAUCUGGAGUUGGAUGGCUGAUCACCUUCUGUGCUGACUCUGGAGACUGUCUAGAGUCACAGACGAGGCAAAAAUUAGCAGGAAUGUUGGAAGGUCUAGUGAACGUGGGCUGGAUGGACUGCUCAAUACAGGCUGAGUUGUGUGGCAGCUUUGAGGUGACCACCAGCACCACAGCCUUCUUCCCCCCCGGCAGUUCACUGAAGAACAAGGGCAGCGUGCUGUUCCUGCAGAGUUUGGAUACCAGAGAGAUCUAUGGAGAGGUGAUGCAGCAUCUGCCUGACCUGGAGGCUCUUACUAAGGAAACCUUCCAGAGUAAACUGGCCCAUCAUCGGUGGCUUGUCAGUUUUUCUUUCGGACAGAAGACCAUGGCAUCUCAUGAGUAUAAGAAGCUCAAGGCUCUUCUGAAGGCAGCCCACAUACAGGUGGGAAAGGUGGACUGCCUUACUGACUCAGAACUAUGCGUCUCCUUCUACAUUCAAAAGCCCUGCAUCGCUGUCUUCAAAGGCCUUGGGAUUCAUGACUUUGAGAUACACCAUGGGAAGGAUGUGCUGUAUAACAUCAUAGCGUUUGCUAAGGAGAGUGUCAGCGCCCAUGUCACCACUCUGAGACCAGAGAACUUCCCCAGUGAUGGAAAGGAGCCCUGGCUAGUUGACUUCUUUGCUCCUUGGUGUCCGCCCUGUCGUGCUCUCCUCCCUGAGCUGAGGAAAGCCUCGAUCCAGCUGUUUGGUCAGAUGAAGUUUGGAACGCUGGACUGCACCGUGCAUGAGAGACUCUGCAGCAUGUAUAAUAUCCAUGCUUACCCGACCACGGUAAUCUUUAACAAGUCCUCCAUCCAUGAGUACGAGGGACAUCACUCUGCUGACGGAAUCCUGGAGUUCAUACAGGACUUGGUCGACCCCACUGUGGUGACCAUGGAUCCAGACAGCUUUGCAGAGCUGGUGAAGAGGAGAAAACACAGCGAGACCUGGAUGGUGGACUUCUAUGCCCCGUGGUGUGGGCCCUGUCAGGCCCUGCUGCCCGAGUGGAGGAGGAUGGCACGGGCGGUGAAUGGUAUGAUAAAGGUGGGGACGGUAGACUGUCAGAAACACCACUCCUUCUGCCAAGGAGAGAGUGUCAGAGCCUACCCUGAGAUACGCCUCUACCCUCAGAACGCCAACCGACGAGACGUAUACCAGAGUUACAACGGCUGGCACAGAGAUGCUCACUCUCUCAAAGUCUGGGCUGUGGGUACUCUCCCAAGAGCAUCAGUGGAUCUGACUCCAGAUGACUUCAGGAACAAGGUGAUGGGAGGGAAGGAUCACUGGGUGGUGGACUUCUAUGCUCCGUGGUGUGGACCAUGCCAGCACUUUGCCCCAGAGUUCGAGGUCCUCGCUCGGAUGGUGAAAGGGAGUGUGAGGGCAGGGAAAGUAGACUGUCAGGCCCACUACCAGACCUGUCAGUCAGCUGGAAUCACAGCCUAUCCCAGCGUCCGAUUCUACCCACACCUGGGCACCAAGAAGCGCGACCAGGGGGGGGAGCACGUCAACAGCCGGGAUGCUAAUAACAUCGCAGACGUCCUCCGCCAGAGGCUCCAGCAGUUAUCUCCAUGGUUACAGGGCAAGGCGGACAACUUCAAGGAUGAAUUGUGAGUUCAAGGGGGUCGAUUCCACUGAGAUGGUUUUCCUUAUGGAAACAUAAAGGAUGGUCAAACACACACACAAACAUUUAACAAACAAAAACUCUAAGAAGAGAUUUGUUUCUGCAAGGAGGAUUACAUUUACAUUACAUUUAAGUCAUUUAGCAGACGCUCUUAUCCAGAGCGACUUACAAAUUGGAUUACUGCCAAGGAAAGAAGACGCUAUUGAAAGGUUACCUCAGUAUUGUCGUACUGUCAAAACAAACCUGUUUCUCAAUUGUUUCAACGAUAAGGAAAGACUCUGACUCGCUGUCUUAGGUUUUACUAGUUCUAUAGGUGGAGUGUGUCCAUAUGGUAGGUGUCAACCUGCCUGAUAUCUGAAUGUACUGUCUGAUGUAGGUUGGGGACAAGAUAUUUUAUGCCUAUAUUUAUGAUACAAAAUGGCAGUUUAUCAGUUUAUAAUGGGCCUGCCAAUGUCAAUUCUUCGUGUUGAUUCAACUUGAACCAUUUGAGUGUAGCGAACAGUGUUUUAUUCAUUCCGUGAAGUGACUACACUGUACUGGCUGUGUUGGUUGUAUUAUUGUGAUGAUACCAAUCUAUUUGUUUGUCUGCUGAUAGUAGCCUACGGGUUCAGUAUGCAACCUCCUGUAUACAGUAAAACACACAAACACAAACAAGCACAGUUUAGAAAAGACAUCCUGUACACUGAAAACAAUUAACAGGACAUAUGUUAGCAAUUCACUCCACAUCAUUCAUUAAUAUGUUACUGUCUGCCAUCACUGAAAUGUGAAUGGAAAUUGUUUGAUUAGUUGUGGGAUGAUGCAGUCUUGCAAAAGUUUUCUGUCAUACCAGAAAUGUGGGAAAGCUAGCACGGUUUUAUAUAAUGUCUUUGUAAUCUGGUAUUUUCAACUCAAAAUACAAUACUAUCAUUGGAUGAUGUUUGAUAGUAACUUAUGUGGGAAUUUGUCGUCUUGAAAAUUAAAAAACUACAAUACUGAA